UAGGCAAUAAUGUGCGACUUAGACGCUGCCAACAAGCUAUGGAUGGGGGAUUUGGAGUCUUACAUGGACGACGCGUUCUUGACGUCUGUGUUUGCACAGUUUGGUUUUCACGCGCAAUCCAUUCGCUGGAUCAAAAACUACCAGACUGGUGUGGCUGCUCGCUACUGCUUUGUGGAGUUUGCUGAUGAUGUGUCUGCACGCCAGGCUUUGGAAACCCUGAAUAACCAGACUAUACCUGGCACCAGUGGAGUCAAAAGAUUUAAAUUGAAUUGGGCAAAUCGCAAGACUGACAGUGGUCAAGUCGACUAUAAUGUGUUUGUAGCCGAUAUAUCGAGAGAUGUUACCAGCCAGCAGUUACUUGAGUACUUUCAGCAAAACUACAAGUCUAUCAGAUAUGCUAAAGUGGUUGAGGAUGAAGAGGGAGCGAGCAAGGGGUAUGGAUUCAUUCGGUUUAUGGAUGAACAAGAGAGAGACUUAUGUCUUGUGGAGAUGGACGGGGCUAUGGGUCUUGGUAGAAAGCCACUAACCAUCAAGCCUGCCUUGGCUCCGAGGACAAGGGUACCAGCAAUGUCAGUCUCUGAUGGAGCCUCAGUACAUGGUGUGUCUGCUGCAGGGGCUCAGCAAUGGCCAGCUCCUCAUGCACUUCUUCCUGUGGCCUACACUCCUCACCCACCACACCCUGUUCCACAUGUGAGCAUGCCACCGUUAGUUUACAUUGAGGAUCUUGUUGACCCAAACCCUCCCAGAAGUGGUAACGACUUCGUUAUCCAGAAUCAGACAGAGCUGUUUUUUGGCAUUGGAUUCGUGUCGAUGGAAGGCACUAACAGACAUUAAACUGCCGUAGAAUGUGUUUUACAAAUUAUUUUGUUUACAUAAGGCUUUUCUCCAAUGCAUAUAAUUAUUAUAGUCAAAAAAUAUAUUGAGGACAAACAAUGAGUUACUUUGGGUACCUUUCCAACAGCAAAGCAUGACCCUGUCCCCCUGCAGCACAUGCAGCUACCACUGCCAACGAUCCAUCCUCAUCAAGAAGGCGGUUGGCAGCUGUUGUCACCAGUCGCACUCCUGUUGCACCAAAUGGAUGCCCAAUAGACAAAGACCCGCCCCACGUGUUGAACUUUUCCAGCGGGAGACGACCCAGCUUUGACGAACGUUUCAUGUACUCUUGUGCAAACCAGUCAGAGUCCAUUGCUUGAAGGUUUGCCAAGAUCUGUCCCUGCACGGCCCAGCUUGUGUAGUGUAAACAUAGAAACAACAAGCCUUACUUACAGCAAAGGCCUCAUGAUACUCAAACACAUCGAUGUCCUUGGGAGUCAGACCAGACCUAUCCAGAAGUAGUGGAGUGGCAUAUGCUGGGCCAAGAAGAAGUUGAUCUUUAGGGUCAAGAGAUACGUACACAAAGUCC